AUGUUUAAGAAAUUCAAAUUAGAAAAAAAUGAAGUAACCGAAGGAUUUCAAUCAUCGAAGAAUAAGACUCAUAUUUUUCAACCUUUUCGUGCAAUUGGAUAUGUUACAAAUUAUAUACCUUUUGACAUUCAGAAAAAAGGAGAAGUAUACUAUCUUACAACUUGCGUCGGUUCUCAAACAAGUAAACCUAUUACAGCUAUAGCUUCAUUAAAUGAAAAUACUUUUGUUGCAUGCGGGAAAGAGCUAAUUGUUUACCAUCGUGGUAAAGAGGUUAAUAGAUAUAUUGGAAACAUAAAAGGACAUAUUUUUAUACUCGCAAUUUUUAGUAAUUAUGUUAUUGCUUUAAGCGAUGAUAACUUACUUACUUUUUGGGAUCAUGUUUCUGGAGAGCUUUGUGGUGAAAUCCAAUUUGAUGAGAAUUUCACUUUAUCAACGAUCGUUCAUCCGAGCACUUAUUUAAACAAAAUAUUACUUGGCAGUAAACAGGGAAUAAUGCAGAUUUGGAAUAUUCGUACAAAGAAAGUGAAAUAUUCAUUUCCUUCAUUUGGAUCCGCAAUUACUUUCCUUACACAAUCUCCUGUUGUGGAUGUUAUUGCUAUUGGUUUACUUAAUGGAACAAUAAUUUUGUACAAUAUUAAAUUAGAUGAACGUAUAAUAUCUUUGAAGCAAGAAGGAAGUGUAACUUCAAUUUCGUUCAGAACAGAUGAUAAGCACGUUAUGGUUUCUGCUAAUAUGCAUGGUGACAUAACUCUAUGGGAUCUUGAUAAUCAGAAAUUAUAUGAUGAAUGGAUUUUUGAGGGUCAAAAUGGGUUUGAACAUCGUAUUCUAAAAUCAAGAAGUGGGCAUCAUUCACCGCCAACAAAGAUUGAAUAUUAUGGAUCUUCCGGACAUUUCAUUCUUAGUGCAGCAGGAGAUAGAUCACUUAGAAUAUUUUCAAUAAUUCGCGAUUCCCAGAGUGUAGAAUUAUCACAAGGAUCCAUUAUAAAACAAUCCAAACGUUCUAGAAAACACGUUGAUGAACUCAAAUUUCCGCAGAUUAUAAACUUCUCAUCAUCUGAAUCUAAACAAAAAGAAUGGGAUAAUAUCCUUACAUGUCAUAUUAAUGAUUCGAGAGCUCGAACUUGGUCAUUUCAGAGAAGAGCACUAGGGCAACAUGUUUUUAAAACUCUUGAUGGGUCAUCGAUUAAGGCAACAAAUAUAAGUGCAUGCGGAAAUUUUGGAUUCAUUGGAACAUCAUCUGGUGUAAUUGAAAUGUUUAAUAUGCAAUCUGGGUUACAUAGAAAAACUUUUGCUGGGAAUGAUGCCUUUCAUAAUAAUAAAGGACAUAAAAAGUUGAUAUCUGGAUUAGCAAGUGAUUCACUUAAUCGUAAAUUAAUUAGCAGUUCUCUUGAUGGCACUGUUAAGAUAUGGGAUUUCAAUAAAGCGAAAGUUUUGCAUACUAUUGAUAUCAUGUCACCUAUAACCACCAUGCUAUUUCAUUGUAAUAAUGAUUUAUUAGCGAUAAUUAAUGAUGAUUUAUGUGUACGCGUUAUUGACGUGGAAACUUGUAAAAUUGUAAGAGAAUUUUGGGGACAUCGGAAUAGGAUUACUGAUUUGACAUUUAGUCCUGAUGGAAGAUGGAUUGUAUCUACAUCUCUUGAUGCUACGAUUCGUACUUGGGAUCUUCCAACAGGUCAUUUAAUUGAUAUUUUUCGAGUUGAUGAUAUCGCCACAAGUGUUACAUUUUCCCCAACUGGUGAUUUUUUGGCCACUUCACAUGUUGAUAAUGUUGGAAUGUUUUUAUGGGCAAAUCGUACCCAAUUCUCUAAUAUUUCUUUACGAAAUAUUUCCGAAGAUGAUGAAAUAUCUACAAUAACACUUCCAACCACUACCGGUUUGGAAAGUGAUAACGAAGAUUAUUUGAAUGAAGUAGAUGGUGAUAAGAAAGAUGACAAGUCGUUUGAAACCGUGGAACAACUCACUGAACAAAUGAUAACAUUAUCAUUACUACCAAAGUCCAAGUGGCAGAACUUGCUAAACUUGGAGACUAUUAAGAAAAGAAAUAAGCCUAAGGAACCUCCUAAAUCAGAUAAUAAAGCGCCCUUUUUCUUACCCACUUUACCUGGUGUUAAACCUAAAUUUGUACCAUUAAAUGAUUUAAAUGAGUCUAAAGACAAGAAAAAAUCUGGAAACGUUAUACAAAUGUCUGAUAUUAAAAUGGAAACCGAAUUUUUGAAAAUGUUAAAAAAGAAUCAUGAAGAAGAAAAUUAUACAGAAUUUUUUAAUUUUGUAAAAACCUUAAAUCCUUCAGCAAUUGAUUUUGAAUUAAGAUCAUUAAGUCUCGAAAAUAAUUUAAUAGAAUUAAAUUAUUUUUUAGAAGCAAUAGAAUUUAAACUCAAAACGAAAAAAGAUUUUGAAUUAGCACAAGCUUAUUUAAACCAUUUUCUAAAAAUUUAUGGUGAUAUUAUUUUAUCAAAUAAUCAUAAUGAACAACUUUCGAAUCAUUUAAUUACUAUAUUAAAUGAACAUAAAAAAGAAUGGAACAGGAUAGAAGAAUUAUUACAUUAUAAUCUCUGUGUUUUAGGAUUUUUUAGAAAGUAA